AUGGGAAGAGAAACAAACGCUAUGAAAUGGAAGUGCGCCCGAAUUGGACCGGACCACCAUUUGUCAGCUGUCGUGUCAGCUGACGUCAAAAUGUACGACGAUAUGCAGUUCGUGAAGAGGAGUAAUGCGGAGUUGAUAAAUGGCCUUAUCGGAAUGGACCUCGGCAAACUGUCGGCAGUCGGCAAACGAUCAAACGCGGAGCUGAUCAACGGGCUGCUCGGGAUGAACCUGAACAAACUGAGCUCGGCUGGUCGACGAUGA